AUCCAUUGAGGAGCCGCCGGGCCCCGGGACGCGGCCGAGGGGCACCGCGGGGGGUGCGGGCACCGGCAGCACCGGCACCGCCGCGGUGAUUCCGCGCUGAGCGGGGCAGCCCCGCUCGGCGGCACGUUAAUUGGAUUUCAUUCACUCGCGGCGGAGGAAAAGCCCAAGGGCUCGGGCUGCAGCGGCGAUUAGGCAGGUUCAUUCAGGGAUUCAUUGACAAAAAAAGCAGAGAGGAGAGCGGGCAGGCUGCGCGCCCGCAGGCUCACACUCACUCGCACACACUUACACGCCGGGGCUGCUUCUCCCUCGCCGUGACUCCGCCGCCGCCCGGCGCGGGGGGGACUGCGUGAUUCAUUUUCCUGGGGCGGAGGGAGAUAAGUUGUGCGGAGUUGGAGGGGUGCAGCCCGCCCGCCGAGCCAGCCGCAUGCCUCUGUGAGAGCGAGGGGCGCUUCCAGAGCACGCUCCGCUCCCCACGUCCUUCCUCAUGCUAGAUACGUUCAGACCCGUCACUUUCGCGUCGGAAAUGGCGAUUAGUAAAUCCGUGGCGUGGCUGAACGAGCAGCUGGAGAUGGGCAACGACCGGCUGCUGCUGAUGGACUGCCGGCCGCAGGAGUUGUACGAGUCGUCCCACAUCGAGUCGGCCAUCAACGUGGCCAUCCCCGGCAUCAUGCUGCGGCGGCUGCAGAAGGGCAACUUGCCCCUGCGCUCCCUUGUCGCCAGCAGCGAGGACGACCGGGAGCGCUUCGCCCGCCGGUGCGGCACGGACACGGUGGUGCUGUACGACGAGCACAGCCGCGACUGGAACGAGAACACGGGCGGCGAGUCCGUGCUGGGGCUUCUCCUCAAGCGCCUCAAAGACGAGGGCUGCAAGGCGUUUUAUCUGGAAGGUGGUUUCAGCAAGUUCCAGGCCGAGUUUGCCCUGCACUGCGAAACUAACCUAGACAGUUCGUGUAGCAGCAGCUCUCCUCCUUUGCCAGUCCUGGGCUUGGGAGGCCUCCGAAUCAGCUCCGAUUCCUCAUCAGACAUCGAGUCUGACAUUGACAGAGACCCCAACAGUGCCACCGACUCCGAUGGCAGCCCUCUCUCCAACAACCAGCCUUCCUUCCCGGUGGAGAUUUUACCCUACCUCUACUUAGGCUGUGCCAAGGACUCCACUAAUCUGGACGUUUUAGAAGAGUUUGGCAUUAAAUACAUCUUGAAUGUUACCCCCAACCUGCCUAAUCUCUUUGAAAACGCCGGCGAAUUCAAGUACAAGCAGAUCCCCAUCUCUGACCACUGGAGCCAAAAUCUGUCUCAGUUCUUUCCUGAGGCCAUCUCCUUUAUAGAUGAAGCACGGGGAAAGAACUGUGGUGUCCUGGUGCAUUGCUUAGCAGGGAUCAGCCGCUCGGUCACAGUGACAGUGGCCUACCUCAUGCAGAAGCUCAACUUGUCCAUGAACGAUGCCUACGAUAUUGUGAAGAUGAAGAAGUCCAACAUUUCCCCCAACUUCAACUUCAUGGGUCAGCUGCUGGACUUUGAGCGGACUCUGGGGCUGAGCAGCCCCUGUGACAAUCGAGUGCCGAACCAGCAGCUGUAUUUCACCACCCCUUCCAACCAGAACGUCUUCCAGGUGGAUUCCCUGCAGUCCACGUGAGCUCCCACCACCUCCCUUCUCCUGUCCGUUUCAUGGGAUCACUCCUCAAUGGUCUCUCUUUGGCAGUGAUAAAGAAAAUGUAGCUUUCUCUUUUCCUGGCCUCUGCUAUCAAAAAGCAGCUGCCAGAGCAGGCUAGGAAAGGUUACACAGUGUGGAAUCGGCUAUUGCGAAGGGAGGGAACAUGGUGAGCUUUCUGGGAAGGACCGUGGUGACCAGGUGGCAGGUGGGCAGUGUGCUCAUCCCUGCUUGCGCAGUGGCUUGUGUCCAAGGACUUCCAGGGGGGUAGGGUAAGGCUGGACAAGCUGAGCACGUGCUCUCUAGAGACUGGGACUGUCCUGCUUCCCUCUCUCCUUUCGGAUCUGUGACACACAUCUUUGUCUUCAGUGAAGACUGGUUAUUUUUGUUUGUUUGUUUUAAUUUAGAGGAGCCAAAGAAAGAGAUUUCAGCUUAGUGUAUUUGGAGUACUUGUUUGCCGGAAGCUCGGUAGUAUUCUACUUGAUCAAUGUAAAUAUUUAAUCCUAAAUUGAUUUGCAAUUGUUCUUGGUUUUUUUGGUUUGGUGUUUUUUUUCUUUUUAAUUCACAUGUAUUCAAGAAAUCAAUCAAGGGACACCUGUAUUUUUGUUCUCUUCAUAAGUUCUGCUUUUUUUUUUUGUUCUUUUUUCAUUGCAAAUAAUAUAUUUGCAGCAUGCUUGAUUUUAUUGUUCAAAUGAAGCAAGCUUUCCAUGAGGGAGAAAUGGCAAUGGUGAAAAGUUUGCAAAUCAUGUUUCGUGAGCAAGUACAGUCUCUUCUUUCAUAUAUCUUUCUUUUCCUUGUGGUGAUUUUUAUUUUGUUUGUUUUCCUCAUGCUCUUGAUGUAGUUUCCACAUGAUAUAAAUAUAUAUUUUAAAUUAAAUUAAUUUUUUUGCCUUACCUUUUGUAAAUACAUCAUCUGGGAGGAGGUUUGUCUUUGAAUGCGAAAGUUUUUUGAUCACUUUUUAAAACUUUCAGAUGUGCUAAACAGUGCAUUACCUCUGUACAAAUUCUUCAGGGAGCUUCACCUCAAAUGCAAUAUUUUGAGUCUUUUUUUUUUUUCUUUUUUGUAUAAAACUGGAAAUAUGUGCGAGCAUUUGUACCUGUGUGUACGCACAGUGAACCUGCACAUGGUUGCCAAUAAGGGAGAGUCUAAUUCAUGGUGUAAAAGUUUUAAGAUGGAAUUUAUUAUAAGAAUGUAAAACCUUAAAUUAUUAAUAAAUAACUAUUUUUGGCUAUUGAGAA